AUGCGAUGUGCAAACAUAUGCGAUCUGCAAGCAUAUGCGAUCUGCAAGCAUAUGGGAUGUGCAAGCAUAUGCGAUCUGCAACCAUAUGCGAUCUGCAACCAUAUGCGAUCCGCAAGCAUAUGCGAUCUGCAAGCAUAUGCGAUGUGCAAGCAUAUGCGAUGUGCAAGCAUAUGCGAUCUGCAAGCAUAUGCGAUCUGCAAGCAUAUGCGAUGUGCAAGCAUAUGCGAUCUGCAAGCAUAUGCGAUCUGCAAGCAUAUGCGAUCUGCAAGCAUAUGUGAUCUGCAAGCAUAUGCGAUGUGCAAACAUAUGCGAUCUGCAAGCAUAUGCGAUCUGCAAGCGUAUGCGCUCUGCAAGCAUAUGGGAUGCGCAAGCAUAUGCGAUGUGCAAGCAUAUGCGAUGUGCAAGCAUAUGCGAUGUGCAAGCAUAUGCGAUGUGCAAGCAUAUGCGAUGUGCAAGCAUAUGCGAUCUGCAAGCAUAUGCGCUCUGCAAGCAUAUGCGCUCUGCAAGCAUAUGCGCUUUGCAAGCAUAUGGGAUGUGCAAGCGUAUGAGAUAUGCAAGCAUAUGCGAUGUGCAAGCAUAUGCGAUCUGCAAGCAUAUGCGCUCUGCAAGCAUAUGCGAUCUGCAAGCAUAUGUGAUGUGCAAGCAUAUGCGAUGUGCAAACAUAUGCGAUCCGCAAGCAUAUGCGAUCUGCAAGCAUAUGCGCUCUGCAAGCAUAUGGGAUGCGCAAGCAUAUGCGAUGUGCAAGCAUAUGCGAUGUGCAAGCAUAUGCGAUGUGCAAGCAUAUGCGAUGUGCAAGCAUAUGCGAUGUGCAAGCAUAUGCGAUCUGCAAGCAUAUGCGCUCUGCAAGCAUAUGCGCUCUGCAAGCAUAUGCGCUUUGCAAGCAUAUGGGAUGUGCAAGCGUAUGAGAUAUGCAAGCAUAUGCGAUGUGCAAGCAUAUGUGAUAUGCAAACAUAUGCGCUCUGCAAGCAUAUGCGAUCUGCAAGCAUAUGCGAUGUGCAAGCAUAUGUGCUCUGCAAGUAUAUGUGA